AAAAAAGCCCCUAGGAAACUGGCAGAAAAAGUUACAAUAUUUGUAAAAUAGUCGGGAAGUUUUCAGGAAACGGGAGUGUGACACCCCUCAGCGGCAGAGGGACAGGGGGAGACAUGACGCCAGACUUGCUCAAUUUCAAGAAGGGAUGGAUGUCCCUGCUUGAUGCCAAUGGAGAGUGGAAGAAGCACUGGUUCGUCCUGACCGAUUCCAGCCUCAAAUAUUACAGGGAUUCCAAUGCAGAGGAGGCAGAUGAGCUGGAUGGGGAGAUCGAUCUCCGGACUUGCACCAACGUGCCUGAAUUUGCUGUACAGAGAAAUUAUGGCUUUCAGAUUCAUACACGUGAAGGUGUGUUCACACUCUCUGCUAUGACCUCUGGGAUACGCAGGAACUGGAUUGAGGCGCUGAGAAAAAAUGUGCACCCUGUCAGCAUCCCUGAUGUAACCAAAUUGUCCGAGAGUAACAAAGAGAAUACAUUUGUUCCUCCACGCAACACAACUAAUCGGCCCGAAGAAUUGCGUUUGGGAUCAGAGGUCAAGCACAGGAAAGUAGAAUUACCUGGCACCCGACACAGUUCAUUCGAUUAUGUCGAACUUUCCCCUCUUUCUCCGGGGGAGGAGAGAGAUCAGAGGUUAGAAGAACGUAGGCGCUGGUUCGAGGCACCCCCUAUGGGAGAGACACAUACCACCCGUCGUGUUGCUCCAGUGCUCACAGAGGAGCAGAAGCAGAGAGCUAAUGAGGACAUAGAAGCAAAGUGGAAAGAACUAGAACGUCUUCCCCUUAGAGAUUCCAAACAGACUCUGACAUGUCUUUUUGGAGGCGGCAGAAACAAACUAGGCGACAACACGGGCGCUCAAGAAAAAGAGAUUCAGAGUCUAAAAAAACAGCUGGAAAAGGCUAAAAAAGAGCUUGAGUCUCAGAAAUCAGGAAAGGAGGGUGCUGUUCCUACUGGCUACAUUUCACAGGAGGCCUGUGAACGAAGUCUUUCUCAGAUGGAGGCUUCUCACAAACAGCUGAUGUCUGAGCUCCAGCGACACCAUGAAUGGGAGUUACAGAGACUAAGGCAGGAGAAAGAGCAGCUGCUUGCAGAAGAGGCAGCUGCCACAGCAUCUGUGAUUGAAUCUAUUCGUAAUGCACAUAAAGUGGAUCUGCAGAGAGAGGUGGAGAAAGCCCGGUCAUUCCAGCAUGGUGGUUUUGCAUCACAAGAUUUGCUUCGCCGACAAAACCAGUCUGAAAUGGAAUCUUUAAGGCGGGAAUUGCAGGCUUUAUCUGAGCGUUACUCCCAGAAAUGCCUAGAGAUUAAUGCACUGAACCAAGCUGGGGAGGACAGGGAGAAGGAACUACAAAGAUGUCAGACAGAGGGACAGGAACUGCUGAGACAGAAUCAGGAACUGAACAAACGUCUGUCAGAGGAAAUCGGGAAGCUGCGAUCAUUAACAGCAGGCAAUGGCCCUGGUGAUGGAACUCGGCAAGGAGAAAAGAACAACACUGAGCUUGAGGUUUUACUGCGUGUGAAAGACAACGAACUGCAGUAUUUGCAAAAGGAAAUUUCCUGCCUUCGCGAAGAUCUUGAGAAUGUGCAGAAGGAUAAGCGUUAUGCCUCAGAGAAAUACAAGGAUAUUUACAUGGAACUCAGCAAUAUUAAGAUUCGCUCGGAGCGUGAGAUUGACCAGCUAAAGGAACACUUGCGGUUGGCAAUGGCAGCACUGCGUGAAGAGGCCGCUUUGCGGAACAGUGUAGGAGAAUAAUGAGUAGUUUUCUGUUUCCAAAAGAUGGAGAUGGAUCAUAUUCACACGGAACACUGUGACAUCAAGACUCCACCUCCUGCUCCACAGACCUGCUUCCUUUAUAUGUGAAUCACAGAUUUUUAUACAGUUCUUGUUUUUAUUAUGAAAUUGGGAUUUCCUUUUCUGUGUGUGUGUGUGUCACAGUCGAAUCAAGGUCACAUAGCCUGGAAGAGUUUCCGUGUGUGCGGAGGCCUGCUGGGAAAUCACUGCAUUAUCUGUUACAGAUGUUAAAUUGUAAAUGGUUGUAUUUAAACGUCAGUUGUGGAUGUGAGGGGAGCAGUGGUAAACACUGGAGUGGCUCGAGCAUUGUGUUAAUGGCACUGGAUGAGGUUGGGAUGUUUUGUGAGCUGGGUGUGGGAAGGGGAGCAUUGGGUGCAAUGGGCAGGAGUACAAGAACAACUGCAGGGUGGAAUGAAAAACAGCGGGUCCUCGUUUUUUUUAUUUGUGACAAGUAUGUUUGAAUAAAAUGAGAGAACGUGAAGUACUGUGUGCCUAUUGGUGGAGCGCAGUAAUGUUGACGGCUUUGGUGUAUCCUAUAUAACAAACUGUCUUAACUUAUACCCUGUAAACAACUGAGCAUUUUAGAAGAUUAUUAUUUCCUAUCUAAGAUACACAGCAAUUGCCGAUGUUACUGUAUUGUUGCUAAGCAAUCUUUUUAUUUGCGGCAAAGUCAUUAUGGAAUAGCUGGAAAGGAUAUGGCUUUUGGUGCUAAAUCACACUAUCUGAACAGAAGUGUGGACAGUGGGCUGUGGCUUGAAGAUACUGUGCAUUUAUGUGAAACAGAAAGGCUCUGAAUUUGUACAUCCCCCCCCCACUUAAUCUAACCAGAUGUACCAUAUACCUCUUCAUAAUACUCAUCUGGCUUCCCCAUUCUGCUCACUUACUGUAAAUGUUUGUACGUCUGCAGAAGUUGACCUUAAAGUGUCAUAUUUUUAUUGAAAAAAAAAAAAA